UGCACUCCAAAGUAGCCCGUGUGCAUAAAUGUUAUUUUUCGUUAUUUGUAUGGACUUUUUCUGAGAAAGACUGCCACCGACGAGCUUUCUGCACCAACAGCACACAGCCAAGUUAUAAAAAUGAUAUUCCGGUUAGUUUUGCUAAUUAGCGGCAAUACUCGUUUAGAGAAAGUUAGCUAACAGUUGGCUAGCUCACCAGAUGUGCAGCAUGGCAGAGUGAUUCAUUUCAACAGGUGUUAGUUACAGGAACGGAAAGUCUCUGUUCUUUUUGCGGUUGGGUUAGCUGUUGUUAACUGUUCUGUAUGUUCAACUAGCGAGCUGUUUGUUCGUAAUUUUGUACGUUUGCUAAAGUUAGUCACACUCGUGCCAUGCUCUUCAGCCGCGUCCUGUUGAGCCUCAGGUCGACGUGUUCAGAAAGUGUUUGUUUACAGAGGAUUUUCGCUGUCAAAGAAGUAUCAGUUCGGAGGCUGCAUCACAUAUCCACCAGUCACCCCGAAAAACUCAGCUCGAUAAAUCCAUCUGCACACCUGUGCGGACUCAGGACCCUAGCACAGACCUGUCUGUACCAGCAAACAGUGUGUGAUAUGCAGCCAGCCAGUAUCUCCUAUGGCAAAGAGACCGUUGCGAUUGCCUCAGAUGAUGAUGAUGAGGGUGGUGAAGAUGUAGCUGGACAGGAGAGUAGGCUAGAAGAUGAGGAAUUGGUGAAGAUAAUAAUGACUCCAGGCCAGGUGGAUGCAGUCAGCAUGGAAAUCCAGCAAGGGGCCACUGACACUGUGUCUGCUCCUACAGGAUCAAAUGAGAAGAAGACAAAGAGGAAGAUGAGGAGGGAGAGGAAGAAGUUGAUGAAGGAAAAGCUCAAGUCAGCCGAUACUUCGAAAAAUUUAAUGUCAGAGCUCCCAUUCGCUCUGACCAGCCCCACCAAAUGGAAGGAGCUAGGAUUCCCCAGCUCAGAGUCAACCCAGAGAAAGAGGAAGAGAGGAGAAAGUGGAGGGCGAGUGGACAGUGAGGAGGAUGGUGACAAGAAGAAAAAGAAGAAAGAGAGCCAACGACCAAACUACUUUGUCUCCAUCCCCAUUACUAACACAGAUAUAAGCUCAGCCGUGGCUGAGGUCCAAGAGGUGGUGCUUCAGCAGGAGCCCCAAUUGGCCAAAGCCAUGAUCCCCAUCCCAACUCUCCACAUCACGCUGUUAGUCACUCAUCUCGCCAAUCAGGAGCAAAUAGACCUAGCGGCAACCAUGCUGACCCAGGUCGAGCCGUUAUUGGCUGAGCUGCUGGGUGGGCGGAAUCUGGUGCUGCCCUUCUCAGGCAUCGGUCAUUUCAGGAAGGAGGUGGUGUUUGUUGGGCUGGCCCCCGGACAACACAGACACACACUGGAUAACCUGGCAGAGUUGUUGCGAAGUCGUUUUGAGGAGCAGGGUCUUCUGCAAGGAGACAAUCGUGGGUUUGAACCCCACCUCACCAUUAUGAAGUUGUCCAGAGCAUCAAAACUACGAUCCCAGGGUAUAAAGCGUGUGGACCCAGCCCUUUACUCCAACUAUACUAACAAGUUUUUUGGAGACCAGACGGUGGAGCGGGUUGAUCUUUGUUCCAUGUUAAAAAAGAAGCAACAAGACGGAUAUUACCACACUGAGACUUCACUACAACUUGACUUGGUUCAGAAUCCACUCCGUUCCAAACGUUCAAGUGGGCGUCGCCGGUCUGAGCCUGACGAGGCAGAGCUACUGAGGGUCAGCAAGAGACUGGUUGAGGAUGCUGUCAAUCGCGCCUUGCAACAAUACAAACAGGAGACACUUCAAAAUGGGGGCGGGCCUAAGGCCACGGCCAUGCAGCUCCCUGGAAACACUGAGGAAACUGCCACAAAGACAGACACUACAGCUAACUCCACCACAGACUACAGGAAGUGACAUCAUCGAACUGAGGUACAGAGACUGAAAAAUCAGCCGCCCAUCAAACAUCAGCCAGGCCUGGCUAAUCAGGAGAAGAGUCAGGCAGCUCUGGGCAGAAAGCCUGAACCAGCCAACCAGUCAGUCCAGUUUGCUGACUGCCAACCACAACGGCUAGCCAGUCAUGCUAGCUACCCGCCCCACCCGACCUAGCUUGACACAGUGCAAGUUAUAUAUAUAAUGUAGCUUAAGAUCAGUGCUACCAGGUGACCGUCCCAACAGGCCAACUAGCUAAGCCUGUUAGUUAGCUCACUAACUCUGGAGUCCUUCAUCUAACAGAGCGGAUACGACCCCCAGAUCCUCACUCGACCGGGGGUCUGUGUUCGUACAUCAAACCCAGAAAACAUAUGUGACGCACUCGUCUAGAGAGACGUGUGCACAUGUAGAGUUCACUGUGACUGGUCACUCGCAAACUGCCCUUUUUAGAAUAAGAUAAAUCCUGUUUUGUAGACAGCUUGGUUUACCAUCACCUGCAUUUAAAAAAUGACUCAAUAUGCUCUAUUCCCCUCAGUGUAAAGCACUCCUUUCUCCUUCACUACAUCGCUGCAGGUGAUGAAAAUAUUUUAUUUUUCUUUGAGCAUAUGUUUCUUUUAGAAAAUAAAAUCAGUGCUGACUUCAUAGACAAACAAUUACUCAUCUGCUCAUUCAGAAGAAGAUAUGUGAAAAGAGCUGGUUUGACAGGUUGGAUUUCUCCAAACUUAAGUGUGAAAUACAUUAUGUUGGACUUUGGUCUGUACAAGUUCUUUUGUUGUAUUUUGUUGUACAGCUACGAGGCUGGGUUCAAAGCACUUUGAAUUUAUCCACUUCAGGAAAUGGAUCUUCUUGAAACUUCCAGCAUUUCAUUUUAUGUUUCACAUAAGAUGUCUGUCUACAUACCAAACUGCCGUUCUGUCUUUAGUUGUUUAUAGAAAGUGGCCCCAGCUGUGCUUGUAAGUAUUAUAUAUUACUGUUGUCGUGCCGAGGCUGCACUGAGACAAUCAUUGAGUUAAGAUAAAUCCAGCUCUAAACUCUGAAUUCAUUUUUCAAAACAGAAACUAAGCAACACCAGCUUUUGAAAACCCAAUCUGGACUCUUCUGUUGAGUCCAUAAACACUCUGGGAAACACCGCACACACACACGGUGCAUAAAUCUAGCAUCCCUCUAUCACAUUAAUUUCUCUCUACUAAUAACACUAAUUUUACAAAAGAUGUCAGAUGAAUUGGAGACACUAAAUCGGGGAUGCUAAAAAAUAAUAUACCACUACGACAACACACUACGAGCUGCCAAGAAAGCAUUUUUACUCCAUUAAUGACCUGGCUGCUUGUUUCAUUGAAAACUAUUAAAUUUAUAUGUGACAGGUGGUUAUUACUAUUAAACACAGGCAUUCAUUUCAUAGCUCAGUUUCCUGUCUGAUCAUUUAUAAUUACUUUUGGUUCAUACUAUAUUGUUAUUUUUUUCAGUGAAAUUAACCUGAAGCAAGAACAUACAGAUGGUUUAUUAUCUGUUAGUCUUUUAAAGUCUGUAACACAGACUGAAGCCUGGCUGUUUGAGGCUCAGUGUUUACUGGGGAUGUUUGUGCUGAUCUGAGGAGCUUUUAUCCCCUUGUACUUCACAUGUAAGAGCAGUUACAGCCGAGCUAGUUAUUCAGAUGGUGAUGCUGAUGUCAAGGAGGUUAACUCAGACAAUUGCUUCUGUCAGCUGAAAAUUUCAGUGUCUUCCAUCCAUAUAUAUAUAUAUAUAUUUAUAUUUUUUUUUUCCUGUUAAACGUGACAAUGAAAUUGGCCUUUUCAUGUGCUGCAUUUGACCUCACAGCUCAUGUAAUCCAUUCAGAAAUUAAGGCAGAUUGUCCCUUAAUUAAGGGAAGUUUUUAAAAAAGUUCUUGAGAGAUGAGGUUUUCAACUGACAGCAAGAUGAUGAUGAUACAGCUAUAAUAAAGGUGAUUGGUUUACUCUGACAUUAAAUAUUUUAUUUUUUAGCUAUUUUUAUUUAUUUGCUUUGCUGUUGCAGCAGAAGAGCUGGCUUCCCUGAAUGAAUAUAAGAAUGAAUUUCAUGUGGAAAAAAAAUGAAGAUAUUUUAUUUUGAACUGAGAAAAAGAGCACUCAGUUUGUAUUUGAAGGUGAAAAAAGCACAAAACUUCAAUUAUUUUUUUGUUUUUGUUUUUAAUUGUUUUCAGAGAGCAGGUAAAUGUAUACAUGCUGUUAAAUCAAACCACCUCUGUUCAAAGUGGCCUUUAGUCACUAAAACAAAUUGAUGUGAUUUUUGUUUAACUGUAAGUGCUUAAGGUGACAAUGCGUAGGUAACAUUUUUAGCCAACGUGAAUGACUAGAUGAUGAUGGGUCAUUUUGCUGUGAGAUUUGCCAAAGUCUCUUAAAUGUUAACCUGUGGCUAAAGAGUUGGAUUCUUGAGUUAAAUGUAAAAAAAAAAAAAAAAAAAAA